AUGGCCAUAAUGGUGGUGGAACUUUUCCGCGGACCUUUAAGUCCUGCUCUGCCCUAUGUGUUUUCAAAGACAUUAGAUAAAUGCAACAUUGAUAAAAUUGAAAUUCGACUUGACUUUGUCUACUUGAGCGAAUCGCGUGACCGUCUCAUGUUUCCUGGAACGAUUGUAAAGAAAUUGGACAGAAAAACUACAACUAUUCGCAUUUAUUCAAAGACACCUCCAACACCUCACUUUGAAAUAUCCGCUUCUGAUGAAGAUUUUUGCAGAAAUAUGCCUAUGAGCACGAACACAUCUGCAUGCUGCUCGAUCCCGCAACUUUUUGACGAGAGCUUGUGGAGGUCCUGUGGAAUUGAGAUCGAUUAUAAUACAUCGUCUGAAGCAGAAGCCAUAUUUACGUCUAUGCUAGGCAAAUGCAUCGGAGAUUGUACAUUUGCCACAGCUGGGUUUUUAAAUGAUAAAGAUAUUGACUUUGAUGAGCUUCAUAGUUCUAUCAUCAACAAAACUGAAACAAAUUCCGCUUGGUCUGAGAAUAUGCCAUUUUUGGUAAUAAAUGCUACACUAAUGGUCGAUAAAAUGCACCAAGCUGAUGAUCAUUGGCAAUGUGAAACAAAGGCAGAUAUGUUUUUAGAGUAUUUCUACGCGUUGUUAAUGAUAAACUGUCCACGGCGUUUUUGGAAUGAUACUGCUACAUGUUCUGAAAUGAAAAAGCGAUUUGAAAUAUGCCCGCAGAAACUUCAGCCUUCUGUACACUAAUAGUUAAUAUCACUAAUUGGAAGAAAAAUUCUUGAAAAAUGGCC